GGGUAGUGCCGGCGGAGAGUCCUCUGCGUGCGCCUGCCGCGGCCCCCUCACAGCGACUCUGACAGCCCGGGUGGUGGGACCCGCGACCCUUACUAGCCUCGCACAGUCACCGCGGCCUGCACCGCGGCCCGAGGAGCGGCCGCGUCCCAUCCUUCGCCUCGGCGCCCACAUCCGGGGGCAGUCUAGCCGGCCGUCACUGCGGAGGCCGCAUCUGGCGCGCAUCUGGAUCCGCCCGGCCGGCCGCGCUGGAGCCCGCGCCCGCCCUGGCCCGGCCGCGCCGGGAGCCCUGCCCGGAGCUGGAGCCUCACCUGGAGCCGCGGGUCCGGGGCCCUGAGCCGCGCAGCCGGCGCAUGGUGAACUCGCUGCUGUUCGGAGAAAUGGCCUUGGCCUUCGGCUGCCCGCCGGGCGGCGGCGGCGGCUGCCCCGGCGGCGGCGGCGGCGGCGGUGGGGCCGGGCCAGGGCCGUCGCCGGUGACGGCAGCGCUGCGAGACGACCUGGGCUCCAACAUCCACCUCCUGAAGGGGCUCAACGUGCGCUUCCGCUGCUUCCUGGCCAAGGUGCACGAGCUGGAGCGGCGCAACCGGCUGCUGGAGAAGCAGCUGGAGCAGCAGCAGAGCGAGCGCGAGCGGCGGCUGCGCUACAAGACCUUCUCCCGCGAGCAGGCGGUGCAGACCGGGCCUGAGCUGCUGCGGCCACCAGUGCCUGGCGGCGGACACGGCGGCGGCCCGGUGGCCGGCGCCAACGCCAACGCCGUGGCUCUGGGCUGCCUGCCCCCCGGUGGCGGCUCGCACCCGCAGCACUACGGCCGGCUGCCCGGGACCAUUUGGAGCUACACGCAGGUGCGGCGCACGGGCGGCGGCGGCGUGGAGACUGUGCAGGGCCCUGGUGUGUCCUGGGUGCACCCCGACGGCGUGGGCGUGCAGAUUGACACCAUCACGCCGGAGAUCCGCGCGCUCUACAAUGUGCUGGCCAAGGUGAAGCGCGAGCGCGACGAGUACAAGCGGAGAUGGGAGGAGGAGCUGGCCAAACGCAUGAACCUUCAGACCAUGGUGGACACGCUGCAGGAGGCGGCGCAGGAGGCUGAGGCCAUCCAGGAGGAGAUGAACGAGAAGAUCGAGCGGCUCAAGGCCGAGCUGGUGGUGUUCAAGGGGCUCAUGAGCGACCCCAUGACAGACCUGGACACAAAGAUCCAAGAAAAGGCCAUGAAGGUGGACAUGGACAUCUGCCGCCGAAUCGAUAUCACGGCCAGGCUGUGCGAUGUCGCACAGCAGCGGAACUCGGAAGACGUGUCCAAGAUCUUCCAGGUGGUCCCCAAGAAGAAGGAGCGUAAGGUGACUUCCGACGACGACAUCUCGGAGCAGGACAGGGAGGUGAACCGGUUCUCGGACGAGGAGGUCGGCUCCGUGAACAUCACGGACGAGAUGAAGCGCAUGUUCAACCAGCUGCGGGAGACCUUCGACUUCGAUGACGACUGUGACAGCCUGACAUGGGAGGAGAAUGAAGACACGCUGCUGCUCUGGGAAGAUUUCACCAACUGCAACCCCAGCAUCGACCUUCAGGGCGAGCAAGAGGAAAAUCUGGGCAACUUGAUCCAUGAGACCGAAUCCUUCUUCAAGACGAGAGACAAGGAGUAUCAGGAGACGAUCGGCCAGAUCGAGCUGGAGCUGGCCACAGCCAAGAGUGACAUGAACCGGCAUCUGCACGAGUACAUGGAGAUGUGCAGCAUGAAGCGGGGCCUGGACGUGCAGAUGGAGACCUGCCGCCGGCUCAUCAAAGGCUCUGCAGACAGGAAUUCACCGUCCCCCAGCUCCGUGGCCAGCAGCGACUCAGGAAGUACAGAUGAAAUCCAAGACGAGUUGGAGCGGGAGGGGGAUGUGGAGCCCAUGGUCAGCUGAUGAUGGAGCCCAGGCGCCUGGUGGUCUUGGUGAUGGGCCCCCGGCCCCUUCUCUCUGUGGGGCCAGCGAGGCUCCUCCAAGCGGGCUCCACUCCUCACCCACAGACUUCCUCUGCCCUCCCUUCUCUGGAGGCCCCGAGGGACCGCUGCUUCCUUCCACACCCCCACGACCAGUGCCCCUUUCCAUCCACCCCCCACCCAAGGAAUGGUGCUGUCAAUUUCUAUCGUUCUCCACAUUACAAAUGCAGACUUCUGUCCGCAGGAUGCAGUGUGAACUGUGCCUUCUCCCUUAAGCUGAGCCACUUUGAGCUCCAAAGAAUUAUUCCUAGCAGUUGUUUUUAUACAAAACUCUAAGGCGAGGGCGGGGCCUGGGGCCGGAUCACGUGGUUUUCUACCCUCCCACCUGCUCCUCCGAUUGGCCAUGAGCUUUGCCCUCCCUUUCUCUGUUGCUAACACCUGGAGCGCUGGCCUUCCCUAGGAGGGAGCUUCUGCCUCCCGGCCCUGGGGGGCCCUCUAAGCUCUCACUCGCUGAAAGAGAGAAAGGUGGGAGGAAGCGAGGGAAGAUCAAUUUUUAUUUUCUGUUUUGGAUCUAGUGGCAAAGUAGAGGGACAAGGCACUGUGGGGGGCGGGGGGUGGAGCCUCACUGUGUUUAACCUACUAUGCAAAAAACAAAACAAAAAGCAGCUUGCCUUAUAUCUUCCUGGAUGGUAGGUCCUCUCCCGACGCCUGGUUCUCCUCCAGAGCUGGGAGGGAGGCUGAGGUUGGGGCCACCUCCCCCACAGCCUCGGAGGGUGAGCGCUGGCUGGGAGGGGGUGGGUCCAGGUUGGGAGUGAGGCCUGCGUUCCUGCAAGGCCCACCCUACCUGACCACUGGCUUUCUUGGGGACCUCUGUGGGGUUAGGUUGGGCUUAAGGGCGCUUUUAUUGUCCUGAUGACUUGAUGUUCUCCUCUCCCUCUCCAGCCAACAGUAGGAUUUAUAGUUCUGUAAUUUCUCUGUGAGAAAGUCUGAAGGGCCAGGCCUGGUACCCAUUCCGUCCAUGGCGGAGCCCCCGUUGGUGCCCGCCUGCCGCCAUCUUGGUUCUCCACUGCCCUGUGGUCACCUGGUAUUUGGCCACUGGCAGAAAUGAGGCAUUGGGAAGGGAAGCAGAGGGAGGUGGCAGGGCCUGCUGGUGGGUGAGUGUCUGGAGGUGACUGAGGAGAACUCCAGUGGGGGCCGUCCUUGUUCUGCUCAGGGACACGGACACACGCAAGCUUUUUUCUGUAAUUCACGUUACCCACCAGUUGGGGAGUUUAUCUGAGCCAGUAUCUCCCCAAGACUUGAGUGGGCCUGAGCUGAAGGGCCCUUUGUUGAGACCCCCCACCAAAUCUCAGCUGGGAAUCCACCCAGCAGGCUUUUCUCCCCGCUCUGUGUCCACCACAGUGGGCCAUUGCCCAGUUUUGGUUUUUGUUGGCCUAGGAGCUCCCCCUGGAGGUCAAAGAGACAAAAUGUGCCCUGUGGAGGCCCUCUGGGCUGGAGAGGCUCGGUGGGUCCCCGACCCCCCUGCAGGGUGCCACUGGCCGGUGCCACUGGCCGUCCAGGGCCUUCCUGCUCCCAUUUUCCCCACGUUCUGCCGUCUUAAAACCGUUGUACGUAAUAUUCCUCCGUCUGUGUAGAGGGGGAAUGUCGCGCCUGGGGGUGUGGUUCAUUGGAGUCUGGGGUCUUUCUCGUGAGCUUUCCUGUUUUAUUUGGGGGAGCGCCCUGCUGGGCCCCUGUGCAGCCUGGCUGCGAGGCUCUGUCCUUGUCAUCUCUCCUUAGCCAGACUGUUCCUUGGGCAGGUACUCGGAGGGACCAAGGUUUAGGAAGAGAGCCAGCCCUCCUCCCUCCUCAGUGACCCUUGUUCUGCAGGUUACAGGGUUCAAACGUAUCUGAUCGUUAUUGUUGUUACUGUUGUUGUUGUUUUUGUUUUAUUUUAACCAAAGGUUAUUGGAGCCAGUUGGGCUUGGACCUCAGCUGCUGAAGAGAUUUCCCGUUUCCACGAGGGCAGAAAGAUGGCUGCCCCUGUGGUCUCCCCAGCCCGGGGCUGAGGGAGGCGUCCAGGGCUGUGGGGUGGGGGAUGGGCGGACUGAGUGGGAGCCAGCCCUGGGUUGUCCUUCAAGGUGGUGGGAGGGUGACAGACAUAUCUUUAGCUAGGACAGUAAGGCAGCAGGACGAGCGUUGGGGGACGGAGGUCACUGUGGUGGUGGUGUCCUGGGGUACUAUUCUUCCUUUCCCCCUCGUCCACACGGGCCAUUGUCUUUAGGGUGCUCUGAAUUCGUCUAGGGAGUGUGAGAAUGGCAGGGGCCAGAGAGGGACCCUGGCCUGAGAGUUCCUGCUGGCAUCCAAUGCCUGCUUUCCUGGUGGCUCUGGGGCAGGGGUGUGGGGAGGAGAGCCGGCUGGGGCCCUGGGUCUCGGCCAGGUUGCUGUCCACUCCUCUCAAUUCUUUUCUGAGCUGGUUGCCAGUGGGCCCUGCCUGACUCCUCACCACGAGCCCACAGCUUGCCAAGAAAGACCCCUGCUCACUGGGGCGCUUGUGGCCCAGUUGGGACCAGCUGGUCCGUCCUUUGUAAAGCUGUAAAUACUUAUUUUUUUGGUUUUCUAUUUCUAAGCCUGGUGUCAUAUUGACACUGGUAUUUUAGAAUUGUUCUCAGUUGGGCUCUCCCGAGCUGCCCUCUCUCCCUCCCCCUCUCCCAGGUUUGGGGGUUUUAUACCUAAAAGGAUCGGGGAGCAGCUGGGAAGGUAGCAUCCUUUUGACUCCCUGGUUGGUUGUGAAACACACACACACACACACACACACUCCUCUGAGACUCUGCACAGUGAAAAAAAAUUAUUGGCCAGCAAACACAUUUUGCUUUCUCAUGGCAAUAUGUCUCGAGGCUCUGAAGGACCAGUCCGUCCUGAUCUCAGCCCUGAGGUGGGGCUCAGAUGACCCCUGGAGAGUCAAGGACUUUGGCUUGGGGUGGGAGGAGAGGGGGCGGGGCAGGGGGUAAUAUAAGGUGUAACUUAAGCUAAAUGUAAUCUAUUUAUAAAGCAAGAGACUCUCAUCUAUUUUUAUGAAAGGAAAGGUUUUUAAUCUAGGGUAGGCAGUUGUGGUAGCCCAGCCUUUUUCUGUGGACAAGAUAUUUUGCAUGUUGCUGCUGGAUUUAUAUAAUUAGUACCCCCCCCCACUAGCCUUCCGACCUCAUCCACACCAGGAGCGCAUUCAGCGGAGAGUAGCCCUGCUCCUCCCUGUUUCCUUCUCUGAUCCCUCAAUUCUUUGGAAGUCUUGAGGGGCACUCUCAGAGGCAGGUGGGCUGCAGGGAAUUCAGAAUUGGGGACGGUGGUUGGAAAGGGGCAUUUGGUAGGGGACAGCUCUGCUUCAGGUCAGCUUUGAUUAGGUUCCCUAGCUCGGAUCUGCCAAGACCCAUUUCCAGCUCGGCUGUGUUGGGAGAGAGCUGAGAAGCUACAGGGUGUGGGUGGUGAUGCGCUGUCUUUUGGGGAAGCACAGGCCUCCUUUGGACCUGGGCCUUAGUGGGUCCCAGGAUGUGGGGCAGCUGGGGUGGGACUGGAGAUUCCAUAAGAUGCCCAGAGCGCAGCCCUGGCUGUGCCUGCUCAGGCCACGGGCUCCAGUCCCUGUACUCCUGCAGGGGUCUGGACGAAGGACCCAGCACAUGGGGUGUCCUUACACCUGGUCCUCCUCCUGGGACACUGAACUUGGAUGGCCACUCUCCUAGAGUGGAGCGUCUGAGUCAGCCGGUGGGUAUGGGGAAAGUCAAGUUCUCUCUGGGAGGGAGUUUUCUUGAGAAGACUUCCCGGCACAAAAUGGGCACACUCUCACCGUCUCCCACCUUCCCAUGCUCUCAAAGAAACGGAGCGAAGUCCCCUACCAAGACCCCUUUGUGGACAUUUUAGCCUCUACCUGGUUUUUAGCCGCUCUACCCUACUGUUGCUGUUUGUGUGCCAGCUGGGUCUGACAUCAAGGGGGAGGGGGGUUUGUACUCACUGAAAGACUACUGAUCCUACCGGAAAACCAACCUGUUUACUGUACUGUUGUAAAUAUCAUGCCCUUUAUAUCCUGUAUAUUGGCUUCUUUUAAAUAAAGUGAAAUGUCUUAGA